AUGUCCACAUCGCAGGGAAUCAACGUUGCCAUCAUCGGCGUCGGUCUGGUGGGCACCUCGGUCAUUUCGCAGCUCACCACCAUCCCCAACCUCGCCUCGCGGCUCCACAUUGUCGCCCUGCAGAACAGCAAAAAGACGCUGCUCAGCACCCCAGCCUCGCCCCUCUCGCUCGCGCCCCCGGCCGACUGGAAGAAGCUCCUCUCCAACAGCCCCACGUCGGCCCUCGCCCUGCCGGACCUCGUCGUCGAGCUGCAGAAGAUCACAAACGACUCGGGACGCCACACGGCCGUCGUCGACAACACGUCCGACGAGACCGUCGCCCAGUUCUACCCCGAAUUCCUCAAGGCCGGCCUCAGCGUCGUCACCCCCAACAAAAAGGCCUUUAGCGGCUCCCUCGACCUCUACAACCAGAUCAAGCAGCUCAAGUCCAACGAAAAGCCCGGCUCCACCGGGCCCCUCGUCUACCAGGAGAGCACCGUCGGUGCGGGCCUCCCCAUCAUCGGCACCCUCAACGACCUCAUCUACACCGGCGACGAGAUCACAAAGAUCGAGGGCGUCUUCAGCGGCACUCUCAGCUACAUCUUCAACGAAUUCAGCACGCCCAAGGGCGGAGACGCCAAGUUCUCCCAGAUCGUCAAGGUGGCCAAGGAGAACGGAUACACUGAGCCGCAUCCGGACGACGACCUCAACGGCUCGGACGUUGCCCGCAAGCUGGCCAUCCUCUCUCGCCUGGUCCCCUCGCUCUCGACUUCGCUGGCCGAGGGCUACCUGUCGGUGCCCACCCACUCGCUCACGCCCGCUCCCCUGUCCGACGUCAAGUCGGGCGACGAGUACGUGCAGCGCCUGCCCGAGUUUGACGGAGACUACACGGCCCUCAACCAGGCGGCCGCCAACGAGGGCUGCGUGCUGCGCUACGUCGGCGUCAUUGACGUCGAAAAGGGCGAAAUCAAGGCGAGCCUGGAAAAGUACCCCUCGUCGCACCCCUUUGCCUCGUCCCUCAGCGGCUCCGACAACAUUGUCGCCUUCCACACCAAGCGCUACAGCGCCAGGCCCCUCAUUGUCCAGGGCGCCGGUGCGGGCGCCGACGUCACGGCCAUGGGCGUCGUCGCGGACCUCGUCCGUGUCGCAGAGAGGAGGGGAUGA